UUACGUAAUUUCAGCUCGGUCUACCAGGAAGGCAUGAAAUCGUUGGCCAACGUGUUGGAAGACAAGGUGUCCCUUAGCGUCCACGUCGUCCUACGAUGUCAUCACUAAUGCCACGCUAGCGUUCGGCGAAGAUCUGCAGAUCCUGCGACAGGCAGUCUCUUCUUCAGUGGCUCAGAUUCAGUUCCUCAUUGGUCAGGACAUGAAGUCAGUUCGUGGAAUAGAAGAACUGAGAACGGGAGCUCGUCGGCACGAGUCCAAUAUUCAGUUAUUGACUACACAACUGGGCGAGUUUAGGCUUCUCGUUCAAGAUCAGAUGAACAACAUUCGAACUCACUUCUCGCAGACGGUCAACGAAUUCUACCAGAAAAUUGUCGAGCGCCAAAAUGCCAUGGGCUAUCGCUUGAGCUCGGUCGUAGAUGAACUAUCUGCCAUCAAAGGCAAAGUUCGCAACAUCCCACUCGUGGCGACAGCUGGCGUAAACGACCAGGGCGGAGCCGUUGAUAAUGACGAUGAUGAUCCAUUGCUCAGCCCUCCAUCUUUAGAUUCCCGCUGAAAGACAUUUUUGCCAACGUUUUCUUUCUAUAUUUGUUUUAUCUCAUAUUUUUUUUGUGUAUUUCUUUGAAUUUGUUUUCCCUCCCGUUUUCCAACCGUUGGUAAACAUCGUCGUAGUGUUGAUUUUGACCAUUAGAUGGCAGUUGACAUUGAGCGACGGAACCCAUUUCUAAAAUAAAUAGAAAAAUGGUUUUUCGAGAUUAAUAAUAACAUAAGGGAGAUGCUAACACAAAUUGAAUGGUCACAGUUCACCAUUACAUAAAACAAUUGAAUCUAUCUUCAACUUUUGACGAGAAACUAAACGUGACAAGAAGGUAAACAUAUAGUAAAUGAAAUGUAUUCCAAUUUUUCCUCCAUUUUUAUUAAUACCUUCGUGUUACCAAUACAAAUGUCAAAUUUGGAAGGAUAAA